AUGUCUCGAAAUGUUGGUGAUUUGAGCUUUCGAUACCAUUUUGUUGCAAACAGAAGAUCGGAUAGUGUUAAUGGUUUAAUAAAUACAUACAAUAAUUCUACCGAUGAAGAGAAAAAGUUAUUAUCAGAUGAAUGUAAAAUCCAUUUCGAAUGUUGUUACUGCGGUAACUUUUUUCUCAAUCACUUGGAUCUUUUGACGCACAAGCGUGUCUACUGUCGUUCACUAUGUUCGGCUGCUGCAUUAUCAUACAGUGCUAUUACCCCAGAUUUUGAUGAAAAAGCGUGUACAGAACUUCAAAACAGCAAUAAUAACAUUGAAAAGGAAGAAACAUCACCAGAGCAGCAGAAUAAAGAAGAGGCAGAAACAUUUGGCACGAAGACUGAUUCACAGUCACCGAAACGUGCCAAAAUCAUUCUUAAGCGAACAAAUGCUAUUAACUCUGUCAACAAACACGCGAAAUAUUGUGCCUUAUCAAAACAAAAUUCGGAACACAAAUUGGAAUUACAUACGCCGCUCCGUAUCUCACAUGAUGUGGCAACAACAACAUACGUAGAAGGGCAACAGAUCAUGGAAUCAAUUCCACAUGCGUUGGUAACCGUAGAUACAAUACCACCAGAUCGCGUUCCAGUUCUUAUUCCACAAGACAAUUCAAGUCGCUAUCGAGAAAUGAAUCUACGCAAUCGCAAGGGUGAUAGCUCAAAAAAUGGUGUCGCUCGAAAAGUUGGAUCGGAAGAACUUAAAAUUUUGGAACGAAUGGGCAAAUAUCAAACAAUGAUGGUUGAUCUGAGCUUACUUACUUGCUCACACAGUGACUGCAAGGAAAAGCAACCAUUUUCAUCACUGUUCACGUUUGCUUAUCAUCUUACAGUGAAGCAUAACCGCCGUGCUACAUCAAACAAGCGAAUCCCAUGUUAUCUGUGCGAUUUUGAAUCUCAGACAUACACUGCAUUGAUUGAACAUUUAAAAAGUUUGCACGAGCAGUAUUAUCAGGAACAUGUUACGGCACGUUCAACAUCCGAAGAGCUUAAACGAGGCAGGAAGGGAAAACAAGUAAAGACUGCACAAAUGCGAGGGCGAAGCUUGAGUCCAUUAUCCGAUGAUUUUCUUGAGACAGAAGAAUCAUCUGAUGGAUCAGAAGAGAUUGGAUAUGACUCGGCUCCUGUGCUGGAAUUAAUGGCAAAUGUGGAAGCUGAAAAUAUUGAAUUGGUAUAUUUUGCUAAUCAUUUUUGUUAA